UUUUGAAAUCACCUAAACCAUUUGCGGAUGAAAAAUCUUCUGCGCUUUGCUCGCUUCUCUUGACCCGUAAAGGGGAUUUAUGCAGAGCAUUUAUCGUCUUAAUGCUCUGAUAUAAGCCACAUCUGAAGAAUUAUGCCUGCGAUUUAGUGUUCUCGGUGGGAGAAACAGAAGGAGAAGCCAAUCCGGUUGUUUAGCCGCGGCGCUAAUCUGCUGCUCAUGACAGUCGCCUUUGUCUAAGAAAAAAAAUAGCAACGCGGGACGAUUUCCGUCUCCGAAGAAAACCGUCCUCGCGCUGCUUCCUGGACGAUCCUGGUUAAAAAGCAGACCUCGUUCACGAGUUUGUUUGUUUUUUUUUUGUUUUGUUUAUUUUGCAUCGUUUGUGGUGAAACAUGUCGCUGCACGGUAAGAGGAAAGAGAUUUAUAAAUACGAGGCGCCAUGGACGGUUUACGCCAUGAACUGGAGCGUCCGGCCUGAUAAACGCUUUCGGCUGGCUUUGGGCAGCUUCGUGGAGGAAUAUAACAACAAGGUGCAGCUGGUGGGUCUGGAUGAGGAGAGCAGUGAGUUUGUGUGCAGGAACACGUUCGAUCAUCCGUACCCCACCACCAAGAUCAUGUGGAUCCCAGACACCAAGGGUGUUUACCCAGACCUGCUGGCCACCAGCGGAGAUUACCUCCGGAUCUGGAGGGUGAAUGACACAGAGACGCGUCUCGAAUGCCUCCUCAACAACAACAAGAACUCUGACUUCUGCGCUCCUCUGACUUCUUUCGACUGGAACGAGGUGGAUCCGAACCUUCUGGGAACCUCAAGUAUCGACACCACCUGCACCAUCUGGGGCUUGGAGACAGGACAGGUGCUGGGGAGAGUCAACCAGGUGUCCGGACACGUCAAGACCCAGCUGAUCGCCCACGACAAAGAGGUGUAUGACAUCGCCUUCAGCCGCGCGGGCGGAGGCCGCGACAUGUUCGCGUCGGUCGGAGCGGACGGCUCGGUGCGCAUGUUUGACCUCCGUCACCUGGAGCACAGCACCAUCAUCUAUGAGGAUCCUCAGCACCACCCGCUGCUCCGCCUCUGCUGGAACAAGCAGGACCCUAACUACCUGGCUACCAUGGCGAUGGACGGCAUGGAGGUGGUCAUUCUGGACGUGCGUGUGCCCUGCACACCUGUGGCUCGGCUCAACAACCACCGCGCGUGUGUAAACGGCAUCGCCUGGGCCCCUCACUCCUCCUGCCACAUCUGUACCGCAGCGGAUGAUCACCAGGCCCUGAUCUGGGACAUCCAGCAGAUGCCACGCGCCAUCGAGGACCCGAUCCUGGCCUACACAGCCGAGGGCGAGAUCAACAACGUCCAGUGGGCGUCCACUCAGCCAGACUGGAUCGCCAUCUGCUACAACAACUGCCUGGAGAUUCUGCGUGUUUAACAGCGCCGCCGAGGCCGCCGCUGCCGCUGACCCCGCCUCUCCCACCAUCACCACCACCACCACCGAGAGCGGGGCCAGUCCCAGCGAGAGCCACGACAACGGAGCAGCAGCCAGAGCCGGACCUGGAGUCGGAGCCGGAGCUGGAGCUGGGGUCUGGUUUCUGUGCUGCUGUAAAGGAGUGGAGAUGGCAGGAGGACUCGGCUAAUGGACAGGAUUCUGGGGUUGUGUGUGUGUGUGUGUGUGAGAAUGUGUUUCUAGAUCAUGAGCGGAAGUGUGUGUGUUUCAUUCGUACGUCUUGAAGUGUUGAUCUGUUCGUGUUGGAGCCGUUCGGAUCCUCUCGUUUCGGUUUGCAGGCUAGUUUUUUUCCCGCCAUGGCGUGUGUAGAUAUUUCUGCAUUCAGAGACCAGAGAAUUUUUUUUGUUUGUUUUGAAAGUAACGAUGUUGCUCAGUGUAACUCAUCCUGCAUUUCAAGUAGAAAAUGAAGACUAGUUAACGAGCAGAAGCACUGAUGCUUUGGUUUUUUUUCCCGCUCAGUCUUUAAUCAGCUUUACAACAAAACAAAAAGAUUUGCAACGAAAAGAAAAAGGUCCGAUUCGAUUUUAUAACCAAGCACAUGUGGUGAGUAAGGACCGCUGCUGAGGUGUGGCUGUUUUUAUAAAAUUAUUACCAUAUUUUGACCAACAGUGGUGCUCAAACUUUCCUAAAGGAUGUUCUUUCGCUUCGAUGAGAGAAAUAUGGCUGCUUUUUCCUCGUUAAUGAUCAUCAUGAAGGAAGUAGCUUCGGUUCGUUGUCAUAGCAACACAAUGGCAAAGUCUCUGUUAUCAUCAGGUCUGUUUUUUUUUCCAAAGCUGCACUGAUUAAAACGGGCUCCGAAGGCGGCGCCGGGGGGAAAGAAGGUGAGGAGAAAUGUCACAUUUGGUUCCUACUCGAGCGCAUGCUACGAAGGAACGACGCAUUCGCACCACUCUUCAAACGAAAACAGAACCCUUUCUCCUUCUUUCACUUCACGGAAGUUCACUCCUUUUGUUUUAUUUUAUUUUUUUCUCUAAAGCAUGUUUGUGCUCGAGGUGAGAGAUGUACAUACAUAUAUAAAUAUUAUAAAUAAGCUAGGGGCAAGCGUUCAUGUUGUAACAGUUGCAUACGGAUUCGCUGUUCCUCACAGUCCGGUCCGGUCCGAGAACACGUCCGGCUGUGACGCGGAACCGCUUCAGCUCGGACUGUUCGCUCUUCUCUCGUAAAGAAGUGUGUGUGUGAUUACAUCUGUGUGCCCAACUGCAAUGUUUUUUCUAUUAAUAAACUCGCAUUGUUCUUCCACG